AUAGCCGAAGAGUGUUUGCAAGGGACCAUAGAUAUUCACAAGAUCACAAGACAGCUUUGAUUCUCGUUAUUCUUGUCCCUCAGCAUGGAUCCGUACAAGCAACGCCCUUCGAGUGCUUACAAUGCUCCGUUUUGGACGACUAAUGCUGGUGCACCGGUUUACAACAAUACUGCAGCCUUGACUGUUGGAGACAGAGGUCCAAUUCUUCUUGAGGACUAUCAUUUAAUAGAGAAACUUGCUAAUUUCACUCGUGAACGGAUCCCAGAACGCAUUGUACACGCUAGGGGCGCAAGUGCUAAGGGAUUUUUUGAGGUUACACAUGACAUCACUCACCUUACAUGUGCUGAUUUCCUUCGUGCUCCUGGAGUCCAAACGCCUACUAUUGUUCGUUUCUCGACUGUUAUCCAUGAGCGUGGUAGUCCCGAAACUAUCAGGGACCCUAGAGGUUUUGCAACCAAGUUUUACACCAGAGAGGGUAACUUUGAUAUUGUGGGAAACAACUUUCCCGUGUUCUUUACUCGCGACGCAAUGGCUUUCCCAGACGUGAUCCACGCGUUUAAACCGAACCCAAAGUCACACAUUCAAGAAGACUGGAGAAUCCUCGACUUCCUCUCACACCAUCCCGAGAGUUUAAACACUAUGACGUUCUGGCUUGACGAUGUUGGCAUACCAUCAGAUUACCGACACAUGGAAGGCUCGAGUGUUAACGCUCUCACUUUAGUCAACAAAGACGGGAAAACACAUUACGUGAAGUUUACAUGGAAGCCAACAUGCGGCGUGAAGUGUCUUUUAGAAGAUGAAGCGGUUAAAGUUGGCGGAAAUAAUCACAGUCACGCCACACAAGAUUUAUACGACUCGAUUGCAGCCGGUAAGUUUCCCGAGUGGAAGCUGUUUGUUCAAGUUAUUGAUCCUGAUCAUGAAGAUAGGCUUGACUUUGACCCGCUUGAUGGGACGAUGACAUGGCCCGAGGAUGUGAUACCGCUGCAGCCAGUUGGACGUAUGGUGUUGAAUAAGAAUAUUGAUAACUUCUUUGCAGAAAAUGAGCAGCUGGCGUUUAAUCCGGGCCUUGUUGUUCCUGGAAUAUAUUAUUCUGAUGAUAAGAUGCUUCAAGGUUGGAUCUUUGCGUAUUCGGAUACGCAAAGGCAUCGUUUAGGACCGAAUUAUCUGCAGUUACCUGUUAAUGCUCCAAAAUGUGCUCAUCAUAAUAAUCACUAUGAUGGAAAUAUGAAUUUCAUGCAUAGAGAUGAGGAGGUUGAUUACUUCCCUUCGAGGUAUGAUCGUGUUCAACAUGCUCAGCAGUAUCCGAUUUCCCCUGUUAAGCUAACUGGAACCCGUCAAAGGGCUGUUAUCCCAAAAUACAAUGAUUUUAAGCAGCCAGGGGAGAGAUACCGAUCAUGGGCACCGGACAGGCAAGAAAGGUUCAUUUGCCGAAUGGUGAAGAUGUUGUCUGACCCACGGGUCACCCAUGAGCUCCGCAGCAUUUGGAUCUCAUACUGGUCUCAGGCUGACAAAUCACUGGGGCAGAAAAUAGCUUCACGCCUCAACGUGCGCCCUAACUUUUAAACUGAUCUACACGUCAUUACAGGAAAGGGUCUCUCUCGUUGUCUGUUAACAGAAAGCAUGGUUUUAUCAUCACAGCGUCGUACUGUUUUAAUUAUGUAAUGUUUUAUGAACCUAGGACUUAGAAUAAAAGCUUUGGUGUUCUAGGUUAAGUUUGAAGCUAAAAACAUGUGGCAUGCAUGUAGUCUAAGUUGCUUUUUUACAUGUAAUAUAAGUAAUGUUGUUGCUUAUGUUGAUUUUGGUUCUUGUUUUGUUCUUCAUCGUCAUCAAAUAAGUUUUAUGUACAACCAAGUAA